AUUGAAUUGUAUUUGAAUAUUGCUUAUCUGGAUGUCUAACCUUCAUAAACGCAUAAAUAUAUAUAUUUUUCGACUUACUCGGUGACAAAGGCCCGUUUGGCGACUUCUACGACCACGCCCUCGGUUGGUGGAAGAUGAAGGAUGACCGGAAACUUCCUCUUCCUGAAGUAUGAAGACAUGAAGAAGAACCUGCGCAGUGUGGUCAGCGAUGUCGCAGCCUUCCUUGAGACCAGCUUGGACAAAGCCGCUGUGGACAGCAUUGCCGAGUCGUGCACUUUUAACUCCUUGAAGGCAGCUUGGGGCAGUUCAGAUGACGGCUUGAAGAAACACCUCUGCAGGAAAGGUGUCAUUGGUGAUUGGAAAACCAUGUUCACUCCGGAGCAGAAUGAAGCUUAUGACGCCAAGCACAAGCUGAGGCUGGAGGGGACUGGCCUGGAGUUUGAUUUUGAUUAGUACAUGUAAAUGUUUGGAUGUGAUACUAUAUAUUACCUGGCUGCAAGAGUAUAUAACCUAUUACCAUAUAGUCAGGUGCCGCGGACGAAUCAGAAGGCCCCGAUCCAUGUUGGUUAUGACGCCGUAACACAUAGAUUCCGGCCAGCCCGGUUUGUAUCGCUCCCUCUGAUUGGUCAGAAUUUGCAUUGACACCAGCUGGUGUGGCCGCAUGUGACCCAAUUAAAUAGCAUCCCUGGUCAAUCAGAAUUUUACGCUUGCCAGAGGAUCUGCUCUCCAGGGGACAUGACCAGGGCGUAGGGACGCACAUAAGUCCCUUGUUUCCAUCUUUAAUCAAGAGUGGUAAUAAAGCAUUAUUGAAAUGGUGACGAUUAUCUCUUAUAGUUUUACUGGAGGUGAACACAAGACAAGCCAAGACUGGGAAAGACUGUAUUGGAAGUUUAGUCCUGUACUUUAGCAGCAUUUUUGGUGGAUUUUUUUCGCCCUCGAGCACAAUGUUUUGGGUCUUAAGAGGAUGUCAUCCAUAACAUUAAGUGUGGCCUUAUGGUAUCUUAUUCAUAUAAGUCCAUUGUUGCAAGGCAUACUAUUAAACUUAUGCACCAUACAUGACAAGGCUAUUCAGGCCGACAGGGCUGUUCAGAAUAAAUAAAGGCUAUUAUUUGAUUGA